CUGACUGGGCUGAAAAAAAUACAGGCAUGCAUUCGCCUGGAACUGUGAACAUAGGGCACAAACAAAACUACUGACACAUCAGCAUUCAUUUCACGUACUACCCGACAGUUACAAGUGGACAUCAUAACAACUGCACUCGGUCAGUAGACUCGGUGGAUCACGUCAAAUCUCUGGGAAAUAAAGAGAACCGGGGGAGACGAGGAGAGGAAAGACGGAGAAAAAGAAGAAGACAAAGGGAGGUUUUUCCUCAGAGAAAGCAGCUCAUCAUAAUGAGCAGGGACACACAGACGGGAAUGGGUCCAUGUGCGCUCCUACCGCAAAUACCCUUCCUCCUCCUCUCCCUCCUCCUCGUUCCUCACCCCAUUGCGAGCCAGACCACCGACACCACUGACCCCACGAACAAUGUGACCGCCCCGAGCCCGGCUCCGGGCUGUGGCGCCGGGCUGGACCCGGUGUACUCCCACCUGUGUGACCUGCAGGCUGUGUGGGGCGUAGUGGUGGAGGCGGUGGCCUCCCUGGGCUUCCUGGUGGCGGCGGGGCUGUUUCUGGGGCUGGUGGCCUGGGCGAUGUGGACGUGCAUCCCCCUGCGGCGUCGGCGGGGGGUGGGGGCGGCCGUGACCACUCUGCUGCUGUUCCUGGUGGGCGCGGGCGGGGUGCUGGGCCUCACCUUCGCCACGGUGAUCCGGCUGACCCCGCAGACCUGCCCCACGCGCGUCUUCCUGUUCGGCGUGCUGUUCGCGCUCUGCUUCUCGGCGCUCCUCUCGCGCGCCCUGGCGCUCCUGGGCUUCGCCGUGGCGCGGGGCUGGAGCGAGCCCGUGGCCGUAUUGGGGCUGUGGGCGGUGCAGGUGGUCAUCGCCACAGAGUGGCUCAUCGUCGUUCUGGUGAGGGACGGGCUGCCCUGCGCGUACAGCCAGGCAGAGUUCGCCAUGCUCCUGAUCUAUGUGCUGGUCCUGCUGGCCGCCGCGCUCCUGGUCUCCCUGUGGAGCCUCUGCCGGACCUGCGGCACCUACAGCUACAGCUACGGCGGCCCCGGGCAGGGCCGCGCCCGCCUGCAGGCCAGCCUCCUCUUCCUCACCGCCCUGCUCUCCGCCGGCAUUUGGGUGGUGUGGAUCGCGCUGCUCACGCGCGGGAACCCCGAAAUGGGCCGCCGGCCCCAGUGGGACGACCCGGUGCUGAGCGUGGCACUGGCGGCUAACGGCUGGGUGCUGCUGUUGGGCCACGCCCUGCCCCAGCUCUGCUUCCUGUGCCGGGGGGAGUCCUGGAUGAAGGAGGGCCCGCUGGACUUUGCCGGCUGGGCGAGCCCCACCAGCGGCAUCACCACCCUGGGCCGCGACAACGGAACCUUCCAGAGCGACACGCAGGACAAGAGAGGUAAAGGACAGGAACCAGUUCUGUGCUCACCUUAUGACUUCUCCAUGGCAGAAAUAGACCCAGAUAAGGAUUACUCCAUCCCCCGCCCUCAAACCACCAACAUCGCGGACCCCUACGAUGAAUACUAUGGUCCCCCGGUGUAGGACUGCACAAACACACACAGACACACACACACACACACACUUACAUUUACAUACAUACAGUAUAUACAUAUGGUAACUGUAUAUAGAUAUCACUGCAGAGCAGUAUCCAUAAUUGUACUUGAUAUAUUGUACAGAAAACCGAAUGUGAAGACAGAGAUGGGAACAUAUUCUCAUUUAAACAUGCUCACAUUCUGCAUUUGGGGUCUUCCAGACUGUAGCUGUAUCUGUGCAGAACUCUACCAGGCAAUACCACUAGGUGGUGGUAUGGUCAUCACACUCAAAACUGUCCAGGUUAACAGGCUUUGUUACACCAAGAGUGCUGUACACACAUAUAUCUGGCCACAUGGUGCACACACACACCUGCUAGCCCCCCCAUAUGCAAAUUUACCUGUCUGAAUUAUGCAUGCGCAAAUGUACAUAUGCAUACCUGUUUGCACUGCACACACACGCACCUUUAUGCAUUUAUAGCUGUCUGCACUAGCAUGCAAACUUGUACAUAGACAGACCUCUCUGUGUUGCACACACACUCCUGCUAGCCCCCACAUUCUACUCUAUCCACAGUGUGCCUCAGCCUUAAAUCUGACUGAUGUAUUUAAGCAACUGUAACAAUGUUUCCACAAUCGGCAAACAACAACCAUCAUCAGGAGUUACGUUGACGCUAAAACCAACAAAGGGGCAGGGCACUGAAUUAGCCAUAAGGUAGUCAUAAGGCAGGGAUUCAGUCUGCAGUUCUUCCGGUCUCAAGGCAAGCCAGACUCCUCUUGUUGAUCGGGAACCUGUAGCCUGCCUGCGACCGCUGCAAGUGAGAUGUUCUGUGACACAAUGCUUGCACGGCUUGCUGGAGGACUACAGACUGCUGCAGGUAUUCUGUUUCUCAGAAUAUGCAUCCUCGUCAGUGCUCUUCCAUACCACUAGAGGGUGCUACUGCAAUGAGAUGAGCCUAUAAUAUUCCAUCAAAAGUAGGGGUGAAAUAUCCAAAAAAGCUGGAAUCUGGGACCCUGAGCAGCAGCACUUAACCCAAAGAAAGUGUCUGGCAGAAAAUUGCAGCCUACAUUUAGUCUAACAAAGCACUCUUCCUGUGGUCGAUUCUGAAGAAUGCCCUGUAAUACACUGUAAUGUGCUGAAAAGUGCAGGUGUCGUGCAUCAGGUAAAUACACAAGUAAAUACCCUCAAGGUAAACUACUGCAGCAGGGAAGGGCAGUCCAUGUGUUUUCCAGCGAGGGAAGAAAGGCAACCCUGCCCAUAUUGCCCCAUAAGGACACAGGAACCCCAGCAGCACACAGACAAAAUGGACUCACCUGACAAACAGAACAUUCCGGAGUGCAGUGAACACAAGAGACUCUCCCCACUCAGCUUGGGGAAUAUCUGAGCAAUAAUUAUAUUAAUGUACAGAAAAUAAGUGAUCAUAUCAAUCCCAAAAGCAAUAUAAGAAAAAUAAACACUACUAGUGAAAAGGAGCUCUUCCAUUUUCCAUGUUCACAUGUAUGCAUUUUAUUUUGUGGUGUGUUUGUUUUUUUAUUUUUUGUCGUUCUGCCCAUUCCAGUUUCAGGCUUGUGAAAACACUGUUUUUCAAAUAAACUUACAUUGAAAAUGUCA